AUGGAAAAUUUCUUUAAAUGAACCUUAGAUUUUAAAUUCCCUACUGACGAAAUUGAUCAAGCAGUUCUGAAAGAAAAAGAUGGUAACUCUGAUGAGGAGGAAGAGAAAGGAACACCAAAAUUUGUUCCAGAUCCAAGAUUUAUUGACUUUGACGAGCUAGACCAUUUUAACUAUAGGCCUAAGCCGAUCAAAAAGGCAAUAAAGAAAUCUAAGAAUAUUCCAGAUGUGUUUAAAUCCAUAAAAAUCCCAAUUGAUGACUCAGAUAUCUAUUUUUGAGACUUAACUGAAUUUCCAAAUAUUGUUUAUUCAGAGGAGGAAGCUCUCAAGUUGUACAACAACAAAGGCUUGUUCUAUAACGUGCAGUUUAAGAUACUUUCUAGGCGCCAGAGUGAUAAAGGAGAGAUCCUCUCCUUUACUCUUGGAUGUGUCCAUGCAAAUGAUGGCACGACUGAUCAGAAUAAGCCAAAAUUUAUUCAAAAUAUUGAAAAAUGAUCUGAAGAGAAGGAGAAUUCUAAUCCAAACUGUAAAGUACGAGCUGUUUUCAAGUGGAAAAGUAGCUGAAAUUAUUACGAAAGGGCCUCUAAAAUGUACAUGCAUCAUUGUCACCCUCUGGAAGAGGAUAAAAUCAAAUAUGGUAGAAAUGGCAGAGAAGAGAUCAUGUCUUGGAUCGAGAUAUACCUUCAAGCAGAUAUGGAAUGGGUCCUUAUCCAGAACGUUAUAAACAAGAAAUUUAACACAGAUUUUAAAUAUAGUGAAAUUUAUUAUAUGAUCCAGAAGAUCAGAAAUCAGCAGAAGCUACUCCCUGAAAACAAGUCUGAAUCCCUUGAAUUACUUGCAAGGUUGAAGAAGAUGUGAGAGGAAAGCCCAGAGGCUAGAUUCGUUCAUGAAAUGACCUCAGAUGGGAAGAAAAUCAAAAAUAUCUUAAUCCAGACACCCCAGAUGCAUCGGCUUUACGAAAGAUACAGUGAUGUGAUCUUCAUGGAUGGCACAUAUAUGACCAAUAAAUACAAAAUGCCACUUGUGAUAUUUUCAUCCAUUAAUAAUGAAGGCAAGAAUGUCAUCGUCGGCUUCGCAAUUGUUGAAAGAGAAACUAAGGAAACAUACCAAUGGCUGCUCCAAAGUAUGAAGGUUAUGAAUGAAGGCAAAGAACCUGGAGUCAUACUUACCGAUUUCGAUGCAGCCAUGUGCCAUGGGAUUGAGAAAGUAUUCGAGAAAAGUGAGCAUCUCUUAUGCCAAUGGCACAUGAUGCAGAACUUUAAGAGACACUUCAAGUUCCUCAAAUCAAAGAGAAGUGCUGAAGCAAAUCAGCUUCAUAAAAUGGUUAUUGGUCUUAUUUUCACUGAGAGUUUUGAAGAAUUUGAGCAGUUUCUACAUUAUAUCUUCAGUUCAAGUCUGAUAGAUGAAACCAAGAAGCAAUAUCUGAGAAAACUAGUUCAGAUAAAACAAAAAUGGGCAGCACAUGCUUGAGCUUGGGUGUUCAAUGGAGGCACUCACACAACUUCCCGGAUAGAAUCAGUAAACGCUAGGAUUAAGGAUAAAUUAUGGAGUAAAUCGACUCUCAGUGAUUGCUUAGAUAGAAUGCUUGAAAUUGAACAACAAGUAAAAGAUAAUAUUCUCUGAAAGGAAAAGAAGCUUAAUGAGCGAGAGCAUGUUAUCCAUCACCCUCUAAUAAAGCACAUCUAUGACCAAUAUUCUAAUUUUGCCUUUGAAAAGAUGCUCUUUGAGUAUAGUUUAUGCCAUGAAUACUUUGUAAAGAAGUUAUCUGAAGAGAAGGGAGAUAAACAAGUGACUAAAUAUGUUGUUAAGGAUAAGAGCUUAAGACAAAACAAUAUAGUAACAGUCCUAAAAGCUCCAAUGAACAAAACAAAGUUUCUUUGAAAUUGAAGAUUUAACUGCAGUAACAAUAUGUACUGAAGUCAUAUCUUUUCAGUGAUGAAUCUUGAACAAGUCAAAUCUCUUGAAGGUAUAGUCCCACUACAUAGGUGGACCAAGAAGCAAGAAUGGCAAAACUACAAGCAUAUUGACAGAAUAAUGGAUGGAGAGAAGCCUCAUAAAGAAUGUUUGGAUGAGCAUGGUCACCACAACCAUGACCACCCUGACAACAAUGGGCAGGCGUAA